ACCCCUAUUGCUAAGCAUUUGCGGGAUCAGAAUUUUGUGGUCUUCGAUUUUACUAAAGCAAUUGAUGAUCCUCUCGCAAUUAGAUUAGGUUGGAACACGCCCUUAAAAUUGGAUGAAUAG